AUGGCCUCCACCGACACAUCCUCAACGCAGAUCGCGACACCCUCCCAUUGCACGGCGGACUUCUGUCUGAUCCCCAUUGGAACCGCGUCCCCUUCUGUCUCUGCGCAGAUCGCAGAUGUCCAGCGUCUCAUUGAGAAAUCCGGCUUGAAGUACGUCAUGCAUUCGGCUGGAACUACACUUGAAGGCCCCUGGGACAGAGUGCACCAGGUCAUUGGUCAGGCCCACACGAUAUUGCAUCAACAGGGGAUUGUAAGGAUCCAGACUGAUAUCCGCGUCGGCUCGAGAACCGACAAGGUCCAGUCGUUCGAGGACAAGGUGAACAAGGUCCGGGAAUUGUUGGCGCAGUAG